AGAGAAGCUACGGGAAUGGAUACAGGGACUGACUUGCUAAUGGAACAUUACAGAGGUUUAUGUGAGAGUGAAAAGAAAAGGUUGGAACAUGAGGAAGAUCGUCUUCUCUCCACCAUGCUCUUCAACCUCGUCGCAUACAUGGUCAUGAUGCAAGUCAACAAGAACGAAAUCAAAAAGAAGAUCCGCAGAUUAUUGGGUAAAAGUCAUAUUGGCCUAGUGCACUCGCAAGAGGUUAGCUUACUACUGGAGAAACUAAACCAACUCAAUGCUAAUGAUAUUGAUCUCAGACCUCUACCCUCCAGACAAGUGAAUAGGCAAAGCUUCACCGUUCAUGCUGGUACAGAUGCAACAGGAGACCUUCUGUUUUUAGAGGUCAGCAAAUAAUUUAAA